GUGGUGUUCCAGACGACAAAAGGCGACAUCGAGCUGGCUUUCUAUCCCGACGUCGCGCCUGUUACAUCGGCGCACAUUCUCGAUCUGUGCAGGCGAGGGCUGUACAUCAGUAACCACUUCUUCAGGGUCGAUAAGGGUUUCGUUGCGCAAGUGGACGGUGUGGUGGGAGGUCGGAGGAUUCCCAUGGACGCGUACCAGCGCGAGGUUGCGUCGAAGAAGCUCCCCGGCGAGUUCAGCAACGACGUUAAACACACUUUUGGCACCCUCUCAAUGGGACGUUAUGAUGACCCCAACUCGGCCACGUCGUCGUUCUCGAUCCUCCUCGGCGACGCUCCUCACCUGGACGGGCAGUACGCGAUAUUUGGGAGGAUCACCCGUGGCGAAGCCGCGCUGCAGGCCAUGCAGCAGGUGCCUACAAAGAGGGAAGGCAUCUUCGUGAUGCCUGAGGAGAGGAUCGAAAUACUCGCCACGUACGUGA